GAGAUCUACUCGAUGGAUUGAUAUACUGAUAAAGUCUGAAGUAAUUGAGUUGAAUGAUAGAGCUCAAUGGGCCAACUUAGUUGUAAAAAAGGGUCUCCAAAAUAAUAGUAUGAUGAUCUGUUUGUAUAAAUAGAAAGGAGAAAAGUGGUAAAUUUUUGGUUUCUCAUAAUGUAUCUGAUGAGUGUACAUUAUAAGAAGUACAACUGGACUAUAAACUGUUACAGACAAUUGCAAAUAUAACAUGUGGAUAAACUAGCAGCUGAUCAUCAAUUUAUACUAAAAUUGAUUUUACCCUGCAUCACACUAUUUGGACUUGAGUAGCUACAAAGCAAAAAAAUGCAAUUUUUCCAGUUAAAUGUCACCGAAUUACCACAGCUAUGGGAAACUAGUCCUAACCAUUGACCAAUUCCAGCCGAUUCAGUGAGGUUGGUCAACUUCUGUUCAUUUAUUGGAAAAGCUUAAAGUCUGUUCUUCUCAUUCAAUACUAUUCACCAAAAAUAUGAGCUAUGCAAAGUCUGUAUUCAUGCUUACUCUCUACUUCUCACGUGAGCUUGAAGUUUUGAGCUCAAAAUCUAGUAUUAUAAUGCAUGGGGUAAAACAUUAUUUUGUCAAGUAUCGACGGAGGAGUGUUAUCAGCAUCAUUUGUAAAUUUAUAAGAACAUUUUAUUAUAUGCAGAUUGCUGGAUUGGGGUCUGUAUUCAUGAUGCCACUAAUUGGAAAUCUGUCCGAUGCUUAUGGCAGGAAAACUUUGCUCACUGUCCCCCUUGUUCUUUCCAUUAUUCCACUAGUAAUUUUGGCGUGGAAGCGGACAACAACCUUUUUCUAUGCAUACUAUGUGUUCAGGACUUUAACUGCCAUGGUUACUCAAGGUGGCGUCAUAUGCAUUGCCCUUGGCUAUUUGGCAGAUACUGUAUCUGAGGCGAAGCGUGUCUCCGCAUUUGGAGUCCUGUCCGGUGUAGUUUCUGCCGCAUAUGUUUGUGGUACGUUAGCUGCUCGGUUACUCUCCACCACACAGAUAUUUCAGGUUUCAGCUGUUAUAUCUAUUAUUGCAGCAUUGUACAUGAGAGUCUUUCUUAAGGAUACAACUCGCCACACUGAUGCUUUGGAACAGCCAAUCUUGAAUCAGGGAAUAGAAAACAACCAAGCCUGUAGUGAAUCAUCAAAAAAAGUAGACUUCUUUAAGGGCAUUCCGUCGCCAAAGGAUAUAAUCUGCUUGCUCAAGAGUAGCAUUACAUUUUCACUAGCAGCAUUUAUUGCUUUCUUCAAUAGCCUCGCAGAGGCUGGACUUGAAGCUUGCUUACAGUAUUUCUUAAAGGCCCGCUUCCACUUCAUGAAAGAUCAAUUUGCAGAUGUAUUGCUCAUUACCUACAUUGGAGCAACCAUAUCAAAUGUGAUCUUCAUGCCUAUAUUUGGUCCCAUUAUAGGAGAGGAAGUGUUGCUUUCUUUAGGACUCUUUGCUGGUUUUCUAAAUAUGUUUUUUGACUGCAUAGCAUGGUCUGCUUGGGUACCUUAUGCCUCUGCUGCAUUUGGUGUUUUCCUUUUCCUGGCCACCCCCAAUAUAAGAAGCAUCAUAUCGAAACAAGUCGGAGACAAUGAACAGGGAGUUGCUCAAGGAUGCAUAUUGGGCAUAUCAUCAUUUGCCAACGUCAUCUCUCCAUUAAUUUUUAGUCCCCUUUCAGCUUUAUUUUUGUCGGAGACUGCUCCUUUUCAUUUCCCUGGCUUCAGUAUCCUAUGUGUUGGACUCUCUUGGCUGAUAGGUUUCUUUCUGAGUACAACGAUGAAGUGUUUUCCGAGAGAAAAAGUCAGUAACAAGGACAGCACCGACGCCUAAAUCAUUGUCUGAAAGGGUUGACACACCAAGCCCUGCCUCUUUCACUGCAGGGUAACCUUGGAUGCAUUCACAGCCAAGUGAAAUAGAAUAAAGAUCAAAAGCACAAGAAUCAUGUGUAGUCAUUAGGCACUAAUUUAGUAAUUCCUCUCUUUUGGGAAAUUAUAUACAUCUAAUCUAGAAUGCACUGAAAUUUCAAGUGGUGGAAUGUACCUUCCACAAUUGGUUAUACAGGCAAACUUUUCUGAUAUACCAUUGAUGGAGGCUUUGAGAAUCUCAAUAUUUUUAGUCCACUCGUAUACUCUGAUAAAAAUUUAGCUCUCGUGCUCCAAUUCCCAAAUGUUCUAUGAAUGCUAUGUUCUUAAAACUUGCACCAGUGAGCUUUUGAUGAUAUAAAAUUUCUCUUUCGAGAUGAGUAUCAUA